AUGAUAAUGAAUUCAUAUGAGCAACACAAAUGGGUAGUUAAAAAAAUGAGUGAACUAAAAGAAAGAUAUAAUAUAGGAAGAUACUUAAAAUUCAAAAAUAACAUAAGAUAUAUAAAUACAAUAAAAGGAUAUAAAAACGUAUCAUAUAUGUAUUUAUUUUUUAUAUUUACUUUUUUUUCAGUAAAAUAUUUAUUUUUUUUUGUAAUUUUUUUCCUAUUUUAUAAAUAUGUAUUAUAUAAUUUUGUUUUUUUUUUAUACAAGCAAAAUUUGAAAAUAUUUAAUGUUGUAUUAAAACAACUAUCUAUAUGUGAAUAUGGAAAUAUAGUAACAUUAGAUCAAAAUCAUAUAAUUAUUGAUGAAAUAUAUUCUAAAAUAUAUAAAAUAAUCAAUUCUAUAUUAUAUAUACAUUUUUAUUUUAUGAAAAAUCCAUUUUCAUAUUUUUUCCAUCACAGUUCUAUAUCAGUUGAUCAAUUAGUUGUAAGUUGCAAAGACAAAAAUGAAAGACUAAAUAAAUCGAAAGGAAAUAAUUUAAAACGUUUAUAUCUUUUGAAAGAUAUAUAUUUUAAUAUAUAUAUUAUGCUUUAUCAACUAAAACCAAACAAAUCUAAUUCUUGGGAAGAAAAUGAAAAAGAAAAUGUUUAUAAAAACAUUAGACAAAUAUUCAAAGUUAAAUAUAAAAAUGACUAUAAAAUGAUGAAAACAAAUAGUAAUGAUUAUAUAUAUAUAUUUUUUUUAUACACACAAAAAUUGGGGUUUAUAAUAAUAAAGCGUUUAUUUUGUUUUUUUCACUUUUUUAUAUUUUCAAUCAUAUUUAUAUGGUAUUUAUUAAAAAGCUAUUUAUUUUUAUUAUUCUACAAAAAAGUUAUUAAAAAAAAUAAUAAAUUAAUAUGCUUACAAAAUCAUGAGUAUAUUGGCUCAAUAAACAUUUCACAAACAAAUAAAGAAGUAGCAACAUUAUUAAUUGACUCUUUAAUAUUAUUAAAAAGUGAAAUACAAAAUGAUGAACAAGCAAAUAUAAUUUAUGAGUCUGUACACAAAAAGUUAUAUGACUCCAUAAAUUUAGUCAAAGACACCAAAAAGGUAAUAGAAAAUGAAAUGAAAAAAGGGAAGGAAGUUAAAUCAAAAAAAAUAGAGAAAGUAGUUGAAAAUAUUCCAAUUACGGAACAUGUUGAUGAUCAAAGUAACAAAUUGAAUAAUUCACCACCAGUGAUUGACAACGAAGUUUACAAAACAAGUGAUUCAUCAUAUUAUCAUAUAUAUUAUUGUGUAAAUAAAGAAAUUGAAACAAAAAAUUCAUAUAUAAAUAAUGACAGUGGAAAAAAUAUAUCAACACAUUUUAACAAAUAUAAUGAACAUAAUGAAAAGCCUGAAAGUAAUACUAACCCAUCGAUUAUACAAAAUCAGCAUGAACAUAUUAUUACUUAUAAAAAUUGUUUAGAUAAAAAAUAUGAUGAAAAUUAUAAAUUAAUGUGUGUACAAAAUAUGGUUAAUGAAUUAAAAGAUAAAUAUAAAAAACAAAAAAAUAAAGAAUAUAUAUAUGUAGAAAAAAAAUUAUACUAUGAUGAUAAAUGUAACGAUUUCUCCAUAAAGCAUAUAUCAUCAAAUGAUGCCAUCUUAUCAAGCAAUACGGAAAACAUAUAUCAGUUUGAAAAUAAAAAUAAUGACUACAACAAGUGUAAUAUGGAUAUAUACACUAAUACAAAAUAUGCUACACCAAACAAUACGGAAAACGUAUAUCAGUUUGAAAAUAAAAAUAACGGCCAUAAUGACAAUAAUGAAAGUUCAAACCCCAGUUUGCUAACCCCCAUAAAGGACCCUAAAUCUUUUCGGAACAAAAUUACUAUGUCACUAAAACAGCGAGGUGGCAAUCUCAGGAAUUAA